AUGACGACGGCGCCUGGCCCGGCCCCGUUGAAGUUCACGGGCUCCAAGCACCUGAUCCACCGCCUCGUGCUGGCCACCUUGACUGGCCGCGCGGUACGCAUCUCGCAGAUUCGCGCCUCUUCCCACACCGCCCCCGGCCUUGCACCGCACGAGGUCUCGUUCCUGCGCCUGCUGGAUUCCAUCACCAACGGCUCCGUCAUCGAAUUCUCCUACACUGGCACCACCGUGCUGUACAAGCCGGGUCUCAUCACCGGCAGUGCUGCAGGCUAUGGAUCGGCAGGAGGAGUUGUGCGACAUGAGUUGCCGGCAGACUGCACCAGAGGCGCCAGCUUCUUCAUCACCCCGCUCUGCAUGCUUGCGCCUUUCUCCAAGGCUCAGGUCAAUGUGCUUUUCACUGGUCCAGGUGUGAUAACUUCUGCGACUCCUACCGGGGAUGUCUCCGUGGACACCGUCCGAACUGCAAUACUGCCGCUGUACAAGAGCUUUGGGAUAGAGAACAACCUCGAGCUACGCAUACUCAGACGAUCCAAUGCAGGUCCUGGAGGAAAAGGUGGAGGAGGAGAGGUGCAGCUGGUCUUUGGACAUCAGGUUAGAUUGCCCAAGACCAUCCACAUCCUCAGUGCUGGACGCAUCAAGCGCGUGAGAGGUGUAGCAUAUGCGAUUGGGGUGGCAGGCGCGAACAACGCGCGCAUGAUAGAGGCUGCUCGUGGGGUCUUGAAUGAGUUCGCGCCGGAUACAUACAUCUACUCGGAUGUCAGCUCUGCACCGCUCAUACCUGCACCCGAGAAGAACAAUGCGAAUGCGAAGAAGAAGAUUGGUCUGGGGUUUGGGUUGAGUCUGGUUGCAGAGUCGAACACCGGUGCACUGUACUCGGCGGAUAUCGCAAGUGCGCCAAGUGGAGGGGAGGUGCCGGAAGAUCUGGGCAAGAGAUGUGCCUUUCAGCUUCUGGAGAGUGUCGCGCAGGGUGGAUGCGCCUCGCAUGUCGCAGCGCCAACGAUGCUCACGCUGAUGGCCAUGGGCAGUGAAGAUGUGGGCCGUUUAGCCAUAGGGAAGGAGGUGCUUGGCUCGGAGCAGGUCGUCCAACUGGCUCGAGAUCUGAGGGACUUUGGCAUGAGCGGGUGGGGAUUGAAGGACGCCGAGGAGGAGGGAGACGCGGUUGUGAGCAUUGUCGGCAGAGGGGUGGGUAAUGUGGGACGAAAGAUUGCAUGA